AAGCUCACUUCACCAAAGCGGUAAUCUGAGCAUAACUCGUGCAGAUUGGCCUCCGCUUUGCUGCUGCAGUUGCCAUGCCCUUUCUUUACUCGUGCAAAGUGCUCUUCUCCUUUCGUCUAGCACCCGUAAGGAUCAGACUGCGCCCGGUACAGACCCGUCCGUCAUGUUCACGCUCGAAACAAGCGGAGGCCACUUUUUCACUGGAGCUUCUUCUUCGAUUGUACCACCGCGGUUGGCAGGCAAAGGCCUCCAUCUGCACUCGCUAUCGGAAUCUCCUGAUUGUGACACCACGUCCGGGAAAUCAUGCUGUGUACUCGACAGCUCUGAGAGACGAGCUUCGGCAUCUUCCGCGCCCCUGCUCUGGUUGCUGUUAAACCUCCAUCACCUUGUCAUGGCCGCACCUAAAACUCCCAAGUACAAGGUGGCAAACGUCAUCAUUGGCUCAAUGGCGUAAAAUACAACUUAGUCAUCAUGACCCUGGCCUGCGCUUGAGCUUCCCCGUAGUUGUCUCUUUGAUAUCAGUGUCAUUAACUCCAGUCCCGACCACACCUCUCGUCAGCUACACCUACUCGCUUUCAACAUGUUCGCAUUGAGAACCUCUUCCGCACGCGUUUUGGCUCGCCAGCCACUCAUGCCACGUGCUGGCUUCCAUGCGUCCGCCACACGUUUCGUGAAGGUUGGUGACGCUGUUCCCGAUGUCGAACUCAUGGAGAGCAGUCCAGGCAACAAGGUCAACCUUGCCGCGGAGCUCAAGUCGGGAAAGGGUCUGAUCAUUGGCGUUCCCGCAGCAUUCUCACCGGCCUGCUCUAGCUCACACGUGCCUGGCUACAUCAAUUCGCCAAAGCUGAAGGGCGCCGGCAAGGUCUUCGUGGUGUCGGUGAACGACGCGUUUGUAAUGAAUGCAUGGCGCAAGGACCUUGACCCCCAAGGCAAGAGCGGCAUCCGCUUCAUCGCCGAUCCUGCGCUCAAGUUCACGAACGCACUGGAUCUGUCAUUUGACGGCAGCGCAAUCUUUGGUGGUGACAGGAGCAAGCGGUACGCGCUCGUCAUCGAAGAUGGCAAAGUCAAGGAGGCGUAUGUCGAGCCUGACAACACCGGUCUGAAGGUAUCCGCUGCCGAGAACGUUCUCAAAUAAACGUGGCAGUGGCUUUACCUUUUCUCCAAUUCGUAGGCGGGAUUGCCCGUUGGAUCGCCGGGAAAAAAGAAAGGGAAUAAGCAAGAAGCACAAAAACGUAAAUCUGUGGCUCAGAAAAGAGCCCCAUCUCCCUGAAUUCGCCAAGAAAAUACUCUAAAGGCCAUGUAUAUACACGAUCACUCUUCUCACACGAGGAGUGACGAUUUGCAGCGAACUAGCUUUGCUUUAUCUGAGUGGAGUCGAAUAAAAAGGAAAACUAUACGUUCACCUGCAAGAAGCACAGAAGGAACUACCCAAGUG